AUGGGCGUCGCUGCAGCUACUCGUGUGGUCUGUCUGUCGGCGCUGUGUCUGUGUGUCGGCGUGAGGGGGUUCUACAUCCCUGGAGUGGCGCCCACGGAGUACGAGGAGGGAGACAAGCUGGAGAUUAAGGCAGUAAAGAUGACAAGUAUAAAGACCCAGCUCCCGUACGAGUACUAUUCUCUACAGUUCUGUAAACCAAAGGACGGAGAUGUACAUUACAAGACACUCAACCUUGGUGAAGUGCUCAGAGGUGACAGAAUAGUAAACACCCCAUACCAGGUAACUUAGGGCAGUCCUUGCAGCAGUGGGCAUUAAAUAGAAUACCCACACCUGCUG